AUCAUUAUAUUAAUAAUUAUCCAAAUGGCUUCUUUUUAUUUAAUAUUCAAAUAAACUAAACCAAAAUUCACUAAAACAUCAUGUCAGGAAAGUAUUAUUAUCAAAAUUCAACUAAAUCCAUUUUCAAUCCAAAUAAUUUGUAAAAAAAAAAAAAACUAUGUAAAAAAAAAAGAAAACCGAAAAAUUUUGGAGAAAUAAAAAAUCGAAAUUGUCUAAAUCGGCACAGUCGCACGACGCAGAAAAUCCCGGAUCACUGCCAAUAAUCGUCUUUGAGAAUGUCCCGAGGACGACUCUUUAUAUACGCAAUGAGAGUAUGCGAAAAUAGAGGAAGAGCAAACAGAGGCGUUCGCACAUCUAGCUCCCGUCGACGUUUACCUCUUUUAUGAGGUGGAAGAACCUAAUCUUAUCCAUAGUGUGCAUCGUCAUAUAGCAGAGACAACGUCCUGACCUUACACCACUAUAUGUAUUAGGCAUAAGUACUUUACUGACAAAGUAGCAGCCCAUCCCUGGCGGAAAGAAACGAAUCACGACAGUCGCAUCUAGGAUUCAAUGUCUAUGGUCAAUUUAGAGGAAUACAUAUUGUGUUUAAACUUUCAAUCAACAAUCGAUAAAGUAGAUUUUGUCUUUAUUAAUUGCUCAAGCAGACAAUAAAAUUUGUUCAAUACUUUGUGAUAUGGUGUCUACAGCAACGGAUGUCAAAUCUUUGAUUUUACUGUGAAUAAUAAUAACAAAAUUAUGCAGUAUUCUGUUAAAUUAAUAGGAAUUUUUUAAGAAAUACUUUGUGGUCGGCUAAUUUUUGUAACUGGUUAUAAAAAAAAAAAAGUUGUUUAUCUAUUCUUGACGUUUUGUAAAGAAAAAAAAAAAAAUUGGUUAAAAAUGGAUGAAGCCAGAUAUCUAAAAAGAAAAAUUAGAUCUGGAACCUUAGACGUACAUCCAACAGAAAAAGCUUUAGUUGUAAAUUACGAUGUAGAAGCACUUAUUUUAGGAGAAUUAGGAGAUCCUAUGCUUGGUGAUCGAAAGGAAUGUCAAAAAAUUAUUCGACUGAAAAGUUUGAAUGCCGAUACAAAUGUUGCUUUAUUAGCGAAAGAAGUCAUUGAAAAAUGUUCAUUGAUUCACGAAUCGAAAUUACAUGAAGUAGAGCAGUUGAUUUAUUAUCUUCAAAAUCGACGUUCAAACAGUGAUGGAUAUGAAAUUAAUGCACAACCACCGAGACCAACAUCGACAAAUUCAAUGAAUAAUGAAAAUAGCAAUUUAGAGCGUGCUGUUAUUAGUAACAUUGACAAUUACAUUGAAUUGCUUUAUGAAGAAAUUCCCGAUAAAGUCAAGGGUUCUUCACUUAUUUUACAAUUGGCAAGAAUUCCUGAUAAUUUAUUGGAACUCGCUAAAAAUGAGUCAUUAUUAAGUGCUUUGGCGCGAGUUUUGAGGGAAGACUGGAGACGCAGUAUUGAACUUUCCACCAAUAUAAUUUAUAUAUUUUUCUGUUUUUCAACUUAUACACGAUUUCAUAACAUCGUUUUGGAAUACAGAAUCGGUUCCCUUUGUAUGGAUAUUAUUGAUUUUGAAUUGCAACGUUACGAUCAAUGGCGCGAGGACAUGGAAAAACAUAAACGUCAUUUUGAAAGUAAUACAGGACUUUUACUUUUUCCAACAUUAGGAAAUGGAAGUGAUAUUGGCGAUAGGAAAAUGAAAUUUUUCGACGAUAUUUGGAAUGCAGAUGGUCCAUUAGAAUUUGAAGUUAAUAGUAAUAGUAGAAAAUUUAAAGACAUUGAUAUGUCGUCACUCAAAAUUCCCGAAUGUGAAGUGAAACGUUUAAAAGAUGAACUUGAAAAGAAUCGAAAAAAAUUCAAAAGUCUCACAAAAAAACAAGAACAAUUACUUCGAGUUGCAUUUUAUUUAUUAUUAAAUAUCGCUGAGAAUACGGAAGUGGAGAGAAAAAUGCGCAAGAAAAAUGUUAUUGGAAUGCUGAUAAAAACUCUUGACAGAUUUAAUAGUGAUUUACUUAUUUUGGUGGUGACAUUUUUGAAGAAAGUGUCAAUUUUCCGGGAAAACAAGGAUCUCAUGGCCGAGGAAAAUGUUAUUGAAAAAGUGCCGAAACUAUUACAAACAAAUAAUCCUGAUUUACUUUUGUGUACAUUAAAACUUUUAUUUAAUCUUUCGUUUGACACAAAAAUGAGAGGGAAAAUGAUUCGCGUUGGAUUAUUGCCAAAAUUAAUAAAAUUCUUAACAAAUGGCGAAAUUAAGAAUAAAUCAACAAUUCUUGGAUUAUUGUAUCACGCAAGUAUGGAUGAUAAAGUAAAGGCAAUGUUUCCAAAUACUGAUUGCGUUCCAAUGCUAACGGAUAUGUUAUUAAUGGAUUCUGAUGACGAACGACAUAAACCGGAAUUACUUGCCUUGUGUAUAAAUUUGGCAUUGAAUAAUAAAAAUGCUCAGCUUAUGGUCGAAAAUAAUCGUUUACAAAAAUUAAUAAAAAAAGCAUUUCGAAAUCAAGACGCUUUAAUUAUGAAAAUGAUUAGAAAUAUUUCUCAACAUGAUGCGACUAAAGAAAAUUUUGUUGAUUUUGUCGGAGAUUUUGCAAUGGCAGUUAAUCAAUCGGAUUCUCAAGAUUUUGUUCUUGAAAUUGUUGGAAUCAUGGGAAAUUUAACAUUAGAUUUGGAAUAUUCGCAAAUUCUUCAAACAUGCAAACUCGUUCCUUGGAUUCGUAAUAAUCUCGUUCCCGGAAAGGCGAAAGAUGAUUUAGUUUUAGAAAUUGUGAUAUUUUUGGGUACUUCUGCUGCUGAUGAGGAUUGUGCACAAUUAAUGUGCAAAGCAGAUAUUCUCUUGUCGUUAAUUGAACUAUUAAAAGCGAAACAAGAAGAUGACGAAAUAGUUUUACAGAUCAUAUAUGUUUUUUAUCAAAUUUCAAAACACGAUUUAACCCGAGACUAUUUAAUUCGUGAAACUGAAGCACCAGGAUAUUUAAUAGAUUUAAUGCACGACAAAAAUUCGGCGAUACGAAAAGUUUGUGAAGUUUGCCUGGAUGUGAUAGCGAUGUAUGAUAAAGAUUGGGCAUCGCGUAUUAAAGUUGAAAAAUUUAGAUCUCACAAUCAACAGUGGAUUGAAAUGGUCGAAUCAAUUGUUAUUGAUCCAGCCAAUCAUUUAUUGUCAGGAGAUGAUGACGAUGAUAAUUUGCCUCCAUUCUUAAGUGGAGAUCUUCUCAAACACACAAUGUUAUUCCCUUCUGGAAUUUCGGCGAAUUUCAACAUGACAGAUGAUGGAGAAUCAGUGACAAAAGCAUCAUCAGAAUCAUCGGAAAAUCCGAGUCGUCCAAUUAGUCGAUACAGCAGAGAUAUCGACGAUUUAAAUGAAUUAAUGGCACGAUCAAAGUCACGUAUUUCAAUUGGUUCAGUUAGUAUUGAUGAUUUUUAUCCACAACAAAAUUCCAAAUCGAAAUUCACUGAAUCAGAAAGUACUCACGUUUUAAUAUAAGAAACAGUCAUUUUAUCAAUUUCAUUUACAAUAAUGUUAUUUAUUUUCGUCUUGAUUUCAUUAUAAGUGCCAUUAUUUUUUAAUAAUUACAUUUUUAUAAAAAAAAAAACCAAAAAAACAAGAAAAAAAAUAACAAAUCGAGAAUAUGAAACUCGUACAUCUGUAUAAGCAAAAAUUAAUCAUUUUUUCCAUACGAAA